AUGAACAAGUCGGACAAGAAAUUCACCCUGAAGUUAUUUAAAAUAAAAAAUGGCAACAUCAACCUGCUGAAGAAUAGAAUAACGCACUUUAGCAUCCACAACAAAUGUAUCCACAUGGUCCUAAGUAACAAUAUCUUAAUAAAAUAUUAUAUGGAGAAAAAUGAACUCUCGCAUGUAGACUUUUACAAUAAAAAAACGACAAACAGUAAAGCAGAAAUUCGGUCCAUGUUUUUUGACAACAAAUGCUACCAUGGAUUUAUAUGUCUAGCGAACAAGGAAUAUAUUUAUGUCCACUUUGAAUAUAACAUUGUCCUAAAUUUGGCAAAGUUAAAAAAGUACAACAUUUCAAGUGUAUGUUUCAACGAUUCUAGUGAGAUUAAAAAUACUGCACCCCUUCUGGUGGCAACGAAAGAUGGGGAAAUACUCGAAAUGAGCAUAAACAACAAAACGAAAACUAGCAAAGAGCAUGAAGUUAUUUUUUCCAACAACCAACUUUCCAUUCUGGAUAUAAGCAUGAUCAACCUGGAUAUUUCAAACCAGCCCAACGUUACAAAACAUACGAAAGAGGAUAACAUGUUAAGAAUUAUUUACUUCACCACAUGCAACAGCUUGCACGAAAUUAGCUAUACGUAUAAAAGUACCAGUGUGAAUAACCCCACUGAGAGGAGCGAAUUGUAUUCCCAGGAAACGAGAACCAAAACGAACAGUGAAAAUUUGAACACGAUUCAACCCGGGGACGAAACGAAGGUGUAUGAAUGUUGUAUAGACUCCUUGACGUCUAUCUUGAAAAUUGAAAAUAUCCGAAAUAGGAAUUACCUCUUUUGGCUGAACGGAUGUUGCAUAUUUAUCAGCAAAAUUAACAACUACAAAGGGGGGAAAUCAUCCAACCGAGCCAACCCAACCAACCGUGAUAGAAAAGACUCCUCCAGUGGAUCCAAGUGGAACCUAAACCAGGAUGGCAACCAUUUGGAGGAGCCCGCCUUCCUGUCCUAUUCCUCCCAGUCGGACACUUCAGUCGAUGGGAUCAACCUUGCAUCUUUUAGUGAUGAAGACGAAGAGGAAAAGAACGCAGGAAAGAGGCACACUGGGGCUGUUCACAAAUCGAAUAACCCCCCAAAUGGGAAAAAAAACGCACAAAGGAAAGAAAUGUACAAAAGUAACCACCAUUAUAAAAAAUCAUCAGAAACGGAGGAGCACAGUAAGACUAAACAGAUGAACAAAAAAAACAAAUUCAUGAAUGUGUGGUACCUAGAUAGUAACUACGUCAUUGUGAAUUUCCUCGACCUGAACAUUUUGACAAGCGAAAAUGCAAACAAUUUUGCAUUUACCAAAUCGUUUUACGAAUCCUUGUAUUGCCAAAAGGGGAACGCAAAUGUAUUGGCUAGCAAUGUUGAAGAUCUACCCACGGAGCAACAUGCAACAGAACCCGUUCUGACAACCCAAGAGGCAAAACCUUAUGAAAACACCGUAUCGGCUGUUGUAGAUAUGUGCGUAAGUGAAUUAUACAUAUUUCUCCUGUUGGAAGAAAAACUAAUCAUUGUGAACAGUGGCAACCUUAAGAAGGUGUUCGAGCAAACCCUAGCCAUCGAAACGUACGGAGACGUCAUACGCAUAAUGAAGGACAACUCCGAUGACCAAGUGUGGCUUUGCACAUCCAAGUACAUCUUCAAAAUUGUUGUAAGUAAAAAAAAGGGAGAAGGAUUUUACCUUAAUGAGUAUACACAAGCGAACGAUUGCGAAAUUGAGUAUGCUAAUUUGAAGCCAAAUCUGAGAAAACAAAAUCUUUCCAGAAUGUUGGAAUCCUGCACAAACUCCGAAAGAAUAAAAAUAAAAAAAUAUAUCCUAAGGAAUAAUAAGUACCAAAUUGAUCAGUUUAGAAAUUUACACAUCUCCACUGAGGAAAUGCUAAUUUCUUUUUUACAUAAAAAGCAGUACUUCCUUUUGGCGUCCCAUCUGUAUAAUAAUAUUCACUACUAUAAUAACGUCGUCAAGAUUGUGUUCUUCAUAUGGCUCAUUCAGCUGUACUCCUACUCCCUCGAUCUGUACAUGCACCUGUACCUCAUCACGCGUUGUUCCUUCCCUCGACGGCAGCUCAAAAAUGAUGCCAACGGGGGAAGACCCCCAAGUGAACAGUCAAGUGUAACCUCUGAUGAACCAAAUGUAGAUUCUGAUAAGCUAAGCGUAACUUCUGACGAACCAAGUGUAGAUUCUGAUGAGCUAAGUGGAACGGAUUCCAAUUGCACCGCCGAGGGGGGCCCCUCCGAUGAAGCAGAAUCGGAUGCAACUCCCGAUCCUGGGGGUCGACGUAGUGAUAACUCCGAAACAGCCCCUCAUCCAAGUGAUGACGAACUGAGCGGAAAGGACAGCCAAUCGGUUUACCAAACGGAAGAGGGUAAAGCUAACAAAGAGAACAAAACGAAGCGAAAGAAAAAGAAUAAUUCGGAAGAAACCGGUGCGCACACAAGUGCAGAUGCAGAUGAAGAUGUGAUCGCAAAAGAGGAAAAGUUGAACAAUACCAAAGAGGGCAACACCAACUUUGGUAAGGACCAACACACGGACAAUGCUCAAAAGCAGCUGAGAGGAACAACAAAUGUGGGUAAACGCAAUGUAGAAAGUGCAAUAAAAAAUGACAAGUACCUGAGAAGCGGCAAAAAAUCCUUCAUUCGCUUCUUCCAAAAGAUGAUAGAGAAGGACGAAAGGAAAGAUCUAAAAUACAGUUUUGACUUUUCGAAGGGAAAGAAAAUGAAUAUCAAAACGCUAACCGAGAGUGACAAUUUUUACGUCCUGCUGAAAAUAUACAAAAUGAAGAAUGUGGAAAUUUUCAAUUUUUUGAAAACUCAGAAGGGGCUGAUUUUGGGUGACCUCGACAGGUACAGAAGGGUCUUCGUGGAAGGAGAGGUACACCUUGCAGAAAAAGCGGGACGGAAGAAGAAAAGGGAGAUAUCCACCACAGGGACGUUUACUUCGGAAGAGGACUUAUCCAUGGAAGAGGCGCAAAACACAACCACGUUACCCACCUCAACCGCACCGCCAACAUCAACGCCGGAUCGCGUGAGGAGAAAACUGUACAGAGACAUCUACGCGUACAAAUGCCUCGAAGCGAGUGUGUACAUGAUCAUCCUGCUGAAGCAUUUUAAAACGUUCUUCCAGCUGAAUGACGUUAUUGCGCAAAUUCUAGAAAGUUUCAACAAGACAAAUUUUGUGCUGCUCUUUAAAUUCAUGUGUAACGAUUACAACUACAUAAUAAAUUAUUACAUUAAUAGCAAUAAAUUCAGUGCCCUUUUUAACGUCAUUGUGCUGUUCCCUCAGAAUGUGCUCUUGGACGUUCUGAAGAAUUACGCCUUCAUUUUGUACCUGCAUAAACCACAGAAAUAUGUAGACAUGCUAAUUUUUUAUGACAACUUGAUUGACGAUUAUGCGGACGUCAUUGUGUGCAUGUUUGUCAUAAUUUAUUUUUUCAAAAGAAGGGAGGUGCCCAAGAGGGGGGACAUCAGCGAUCAGAACGGGGAUGCAAAAAAACAUGACAAGGGUGGUAAUCACCCAGGUGACCACCGUGAUGGUAACGGAGAUGACCACCCAGAUGACCACCGAGGCGGACAUCCCACUUCCCACAAACACACAGACGAAUGCAUCCGCUUCUUGGAAUACAUUGCGAACAAAAUUAUAGAGGAAAACACGCUUACAGAAAAGGGAAGUUAUAUGUACACAUUCGAAUGCACAUGGAAAAAAAACCACGUCAUAAAUUGCCUACUUAUUCUGUACAUAGAAAAAGAAGAGGAUGAAAAGAUAAAACUCUUCUUGAACAGAUUAAAAUCGUCGGGCAUUCAUUUUGACCAUCUGUUUAUUAUACGCUUUUUGAAGGAAAAAAAAAAAGAAAAUUUUAUUCCCCAUUUUUAUAUAAUUAUGAAAUAUUUUGAGGAAGCCGUCGAUAAAUCCCUCGAACUGGGGGAUUACAAGACGGCCCAGAAUGCCGUCAUACUAUGCGAAGAUGAGGAAGAAAAAAAAAAAUUAUUUCUCAAAAUUAUUAAAAAUAUUUCAAACAAUUUAAAUGAACAAAACUUAAAAGAAAUAAUUAACCUUGUCCGGGAUUCAAACUCCAUUUUAAAUUUACAGGAUAUACUUCCAUACAUUAAUGAAAACACAAUUAUCGAUUAUUUGAAGAAGGACAUUUGUUCCCUGCUGGGAAUUUACAAUUUAAAAAUACAAGCCAAAAAAGAAGAAAUUAAAGAAAACCUACAAACCAUUGAUCUGCUUAAUGGGGACCUCAACAACUUGAGGAAAAAAUAUCUCCUCCUGGACAAAAAUGAUAUUUGCUAUAUAUGCAAGAAGACAAUUUUUUACAAAAAGUUUUAUGUUUUUUCGUGCAAGCAUUAUUUCCACAGUACCUGCGCUUUGAACAUUUACCUGAAUUCCAAACCGAAAGACGAACUUUUUCAGUUUUUCUGUACUCUUCAUAAUUACAAAAAUGCGCUUAUCAACAAGAAUGAGAAGGACAUGCUCACGUAUGAGACCAAGAUCGAUGACAUCCUGACGGAGGAGUGCUUCCUCUGUGGCUCCAUUUCGAUCAGCUCCAUUUCGCAGCACUUUAUUUCGCAGAGCGAGGGCGACUUGGUGGACAGCUGGGCCAUAUCGAAGGAUUAG